UCGAAUGUCGGCUUCUCUGCGCGAGCGACGAGGCUCGAGUUCAACAGAAUCGGAACCGGAUGCAAACCUCAUUCUGGACAGAGCCCGAGCUGCACUUGAAGAAGAGCAUUCCAUGACAUUAUGGUCAGCCAUGAAAAUGUACCCAAAAGCCAUAGGCUGGUCUGUACUGGCAUCAACAUGUAUCGUCAUGGAAGGCUAUGACUUGGUGGUCGGCCNNAUCUUCAGUUUCUUUGCCUUUCCGGCCUUCACCAAAAAGUAUGGUCAUCUCACCGCAGAUGGAACCUAUCAAGUCACCGCGGCGUGGCAGACAGGUCUCACUAAUGGCACUUGUAUUGGCGAGAUGAUUGGCCUUGCCUUGACCGGUAUCUUUGCAGACAAGUAUGGCCAGCGAUGGACGAUCAUCGGCGCUUUGGCUCUUGUGACCAUCACUCCCUCUUACGCUGCAGAGGUGGUUCCGAUGGAGUUGCGACCAUACCUUACUUGUUACGUAAACCUUUGUUGGGUUUGUACAACGCUCACAAUUAGAACCACAGUUCAAGAC